UCGCGCGCGCGCGUCGCGGUGCCGAUUCAUGGCGGCGAUGGCGGCGGCCGGGCUGGUGGUGAACGGGGCGGAGGGGGCCGGGGGGCUGAAGGCGGCGGCCGGCAUGUACGAGCAGCUCAAGGGCGAGUGGAGCCGCAAGAGCCCCAACCUCAGCAAGUGCGGGGAGGCCUUGGGCCGCCUCAAGCUGGCCCUGCUGGAGCUCAACUUUCUGCCUACCACCGGCACCAAACUCACCAAGCAGCAGCUCAUCCUGGCCCGGGACAUCCUGGAGAUCGGGGCGCAGUGGAGCAUCCUGAAGAAGGACAUCCCCUCCUUCGAGCGCUACAUGGCCCAGCUCAAGUGCUACUACUUCGACUACAAGGAGGAGCUGCCGGAAUCGGCCUACAAGCACCAGCUGCUGGGGUUGAACCUGCUCUUCCUGCUCUCCCAGAACCGGGUGGCCGAGUUCCACACGGAGCUGGAGCGCCUGCCGGCCAAGGAGAUCCAGAGCAACGUCUACAUCAAACACCCCGUCUCCCUCGAGCAGUAUUUGAUGGAGGGCAGCUACAACAAAGUCUUCUUGGCCAAAGGCAACAUCCCGGCGGAGAGUUACACCUUCUUCAUCGACAUCCUGCUGGACACCAUCCGGGAUGAAAUCGCCGGCUGCAUCGAGAAAGCCUACGAGAAGAUCCUCUUCGCCGAGGCCACCCGCGUCCUCUUCUUCACCACCCCCAAGAAGAUGACGGACUACGCCAAGAAGCGCGGGUGGGUUUUGGGGCCCAACAACUACUACGGCUUCAGCAGCCGCCAGCAGAAGGCGGAAGACGCCACCAUCCCCUCCACCGAGCUGGCCAAGCAGGUCAUCGAGUACGCCCGGCAACUGGAGAUGAUCGUCUAGUAGCCCAGUAGGCCAGCCCCUCCCCCCCCUUUUAUUUUUGGGGAAAGGGGGGGAUUUUCCCCCCCCUUUUUGGGGCGGGGGCCGACGCGACGUUUCUCGGAGGGACGCCCUUCGUCGGCGCGUCCCCACCCCGCUGCUUGGGGCGGGUUUUUGGGGGGGAUUUGACGUAUUUUGAGGUUUUUUUUGGGGGGGGGGGGACGACACACGG